GAAUCCGCAAUCAGAGAAGCUUUACGUUUCAGUGUUAAGUGACGACUUUGACAGUACCCAGUGUUUGGCUGGUAUCUAUGUAUUAUAGUUCUGAUUUAAUAUGUUCCUCUAAGGAUAUAUAUAUUCCAUUUAAUUAACUCUCGGAUACAUGAGAACGUGGCUAUAAAGAUCUAGAGAAAUAUAAAUAAAGCUUUCUUAAAUUUAUAAACUAUAAGAAUAAAAUAUAAUUAUUUUAUAAAAAAGUAAAAACAAAAUCUUUUGAAGUUUCAUAAAGAGUACUUUUGCUUCGCUCUUUUCAUACAUACAGUUAUUUAACAGUGAAAAAGAAUUUGAUUGCACCGUUUUAUUGGUGUUUUCUUUACGAAAUGAAUGCAGAAACCGACACACAUCAGAAUGGCCAAUCCAAAACGAACGGCACAAAUGGACACAAUGUAGUUAGUGCUGAUGAUGAUUAUGAUCCGCAUCUACAUCGCAAUGUACAAAAUCCCACUACAACUUUGCAAACAUUUGCGCACUUCCUAAAAGCCUCAAUUGGAUCGGGGGUUUUAGCAAUGCCUAGUGCCUUCGCAAAUGCCGGCUACGUCACUGGACCCGUACUGACGCUAAUCAUUGGAUGUAUUGCUGUACAUUGUCUACACAUAUUGAUUAACUCCAUGUACGAGCUGUGCAAGCGUAAACGUGUGCCAUACUUAACGUUUUCCGAGGCAAUGACAAUUGGUUUGCAUGAAGGCCCGCCUAUUUUCAAAUGUGUCUUACCAAUAGCAACUCCACUGGUUGACGGUUUUCUCGCCUUCUAUCACUUCGGUAUCUGUUGUGUGUAUGUGGUUUUCAUAGCGGAGAGCAUCAAGCAGAUUGUCGAUGAGUAUCUGGUGGUUUUGGAUGUACGGCUGCAUAUGUGCUUCAUAUUAAUACCGUUAUUUCUGUUGUACAGCAUCCGGACGCUGAAAACUUUGGCGCCUUUCUCAACGUUUGCCAAUUUACUGCUCUUCGUGGGUUUUAGCAUUGUGCUUUAUUAUAUUUUCGCGACAUUGCCGCCGAUUAGCACACGCCAACCGUUCCAGGUUAUUUCCCGGUUACCCAUUUUCUUUGGCACUGUGCUGUUUGCUAUUGAAGCCGUUGGUGUGAUUCUUGCUAUUGAAGAGAAAAUGGAGAAACCCAAGUCCUAUAUUAAACCUUUCGGUGUGUUGAAUAUUGGUAUGACAAUUGUGCUCUCUUUGUAUAUUCUACUGGGAUUCUUUGGUUACUGGGAGUACGGUGAUGACUCUUUGGGCAGUGUGACUUUAAAUAUUCCACAGAAAGCAAUUUUAGCUCAGGUCGCGAAGAUUAUCUUCGCCAUCACCACGUGGAUUACAUAUGCAUUACAAGGUUACGUUACCGCCGAUAUCAUUUGGAAUAAAUACCUUUUGAAGCGCGCAAAAGAUACCUCCAAGCAUGUGCUUUAUGAGCUUUUGAUACGUGCCGGCAUUGUUCUGCUGACGUUUUGCUUCGCUGUGGCAAUACCGGAUUUAUCGCUCUUCUUAUCGCUCGUCGGCUCAUUUUGCCUAUCUAUACUGGGUUUGAUUUUCCCCGCCUUGCUGCAAAUUUGUGUACAAUAUGGCCUGGGAUAUGGCGUUUGGAAGUUGAAAUUGGUGAAAAAUCUUUUUUUAAUUGCAUUUGGCAUACUUGGUGGCGUCAUUGGCUCAUACGUUAGUAUCGUACAAAUUAUCGAUAGUUAUAACACGUAAGGUCGAUAACUGUAAAGGGGAAUGAUGUGGAAUUAAUUUAGUUGUUAAUGAAAUUGUAAUGUUAAGAAAUGAAGUAUUAUUUGCUCUAUAGUAAAAGAAAAAAAUUAUCUAAAAAUAGUAUUUUUUCUAAAGUGAUUCUUUUUUGGGUAAAGUCAAUAAU